AUGCGACAUUCAGGCUUAAACCAAUUUUUCAUUAUUACCUUUCUUCUUUUACGUCUAUGUUUAUGCGCUAUUAAGACACCGGAUGUUGCCAAACCACCAACGAAAGAUCUAUUUUGUGCAGUGAUGAAUCCCAAUACGGGGGCCUAUAUUGAUCUAUCGGAACUUUCAUCUACUCCCAAUAGACAAGAGUCCCAGGAUAAGAAUAAUCGUCAUAAUACAGAUACAGAGACACCACCACCGGCACCAAGAUGGUUAGUUAGAGGGUGGGGUUACAAUACUAAUUUCACAUUAAGUAUCUGUUCAAGCCCGGUUUCCAAACUAGAAGAGGACCGACUGAGUAAUUUGACAGGUGGAUCUUAUGUGGAUCCAAAUGAUCACACGAAAUUGGUUUCCAUUGGAAAUUUUGGAACGAAACCUACGUUAUUGGGCGGUGUGGGGAGUAAAAAAUUGACAAUGAAAUAUGAAAAUGGAUCUAAAUGUCCCAAUGGUAAAGAUUCUAAAUCUACUUUAUUGAAUUUUGUUUGCGAUAGAGACCUGUCUAGCAGAGCGCAGAUUAGUUUUAUUGGAAGUCUUCACGAUUGUUCAUAUUUCUUUGAAGUGAGAAGUAUCUAUGCAUGCCCGACUUCCAACAAAGUGAAUGAAGUGAAUGUAGUUGGGAUAUUCAUUGGGAUCUUCUUCGUAUUCCUUAUGGUGGAAUUGGGGAGAAGGAGUUUAAGUAGGAGAACAUCAUCUCAAGGUUAUGCAAGAUAUCAAGAUAUUUCCAGCGCAGAUGAUGAUGCCAAUGCCGAUGAAAUGGGGCUAUCAACGAACAUACACCCAAGAUGGAGCCGAAUCAACGGCCGUUCAAGAUGGAGGGAAGCAUUCAGUGGGAUUUCCCGACUAAUACAAAGAAUUUUUGGUAGAAACGGGAGGAGCCAGGGUGCCAACGGGAACAGACCACUCCGAUACCCGAUACGACUCAGAUCCACCUCGGACAUUAGUAGUGACACUACUUUUCUGAGGGACAUGGAGGCGCAGAAUGAAAUCCUGGAUAGCAUAGACAUGCCUGAGGGCGAUGACUCCUCCUCAAUGGUGACCGGCGGUGUAUAA